CCUGCAGGAAACACAGCUUGGUAUGUGUCUGUCUUUGUCUGUAUUUUGGGGCAGGCUGGAAAAUGGGUGAAAGGGAUUGUGGCUGACCUGAUUAGUUGGGCAAGACCUCCUGACAUCCUGGGUACAAAUAGCAGCUCCUCACUACAGGUCUGGUCUUUCUGUGUGUGUCUCCUGUCUCAGAUCUCACAAAUAAGUUGAAUCAUCACUAUUAAGGCUAAAACAACCAACAAUGAGCCCAAAAAAUAUCAUCUUCAAGAAAAUAUCCAAGGACAAGUCGGUGGGUGUGUACCUGGGGAAGAGAGACUUUGUUGACCGUGUUGACUCUGUGGAUCCAGUGGAUGGUGUCCUUCUGGUCGACCCUGAACAGCUGAAAGGGAAGAAAGCGUAUGUCACCUUAUCCUGCACGUUUCGGUAUGGACGCGAUGACAUGGACGUGAUGGGAAUCGCGUUCAAGAGGGAAAUAUAUCUGUCCACCAGGCAGAUCUACCCACCUCUGCAGGACAAAGAUCAGGGCAUUCUCACCAGAGUGCAGGAUAAACUACUGCGCAAGCUGGGUCACAAUGCCUACCCGUUUUUCUUUGAAUUCCCAGAUAACUUGCCUUGCUCAGUAGGACUGCAGCCAGCCCUAACUGAUGUUGGAAAGCAUUGUGCUGUUGAGUUUGAGGUGAAGGCAUUCUCUGCAGAGAGCCAGGACGCCAAAGUUCGCAAACGGAGCUCAGUGCGUUUGAUGAUUCGUAAGGUCCAGUAUGCUCCAGAGAAGCCAGGACCAGCACCUUGUGUGGAGACCACUCGUGACUUUCUCAUGUCUGACAAACCGCUGCAUUUGGAGGCAAGCUUAGAGAAGCAGAUAUACUAUCAUGGGGAACCUCUCAAUGUACGGGUCAAAAUCAGAAAUGAUUCCAACAAAAAUGUGAGGAACAUCAUUCUUUCUGCUGAACAAAUUGCCAGUGUGGUGCUGUACUCCAGUGACAGUUACAUGAAAGCAGUGGCCACUGAGGACUCUGGGGAUUCUGUUGACUCUGGUGCAAAACUGGACAAAGUCUAUACUUUGCUACCUCUAUUGGCCAAUAACAGAGAGAGGCGGGGCAUUGCACUGGAUGGAAAACUGAAGCAUGAAGACACCAACCUAGCCUCUUCAAGCAUCAUCAAAGAGGGUGUUUUGAAAGAGGUUAUGGGGAUCCUGGUGUCUUACAGAAUCGUUGUGAAACUGAUUGUUGGAGGGAUUAUGGGAUCCAGCGAGGUUGGGGUGGAGCUUCCAUUUCAGCUUAUGCACCCGAAGCCUGAUGCAGUGAAAGAAAGGUCAGUUGUGUUUUUAAUAUUUCACUAAGAACCAACCUCAUAUUUUUAAAGGGUUAAAGUUUUUUAAUAAGAAUAUUAUUGAGUGCAACUUUAACACCUCAUUUUUAUAUCUCAUACCAUAUUUUAUACCAAUGAGCUCAUUUUUGUAUUUUUGCAAGUCUCAAGCAUACAUUUG